CUACCCUUAAUGUUGUGUUGGUAGGUCUUCGUCAAGAAGCCUCAUUUUGUUUCCUUACUCAACCAUUUUCCCCUCAACAGUUAGUUCAGUGACUUCAGUCCAUACCUCUCAAACCCAACUUCACCUUUUUCUUUUUUCCUUUUUUUUUGUUUUUUCUCCUUUUCUCAGAAUUCUUAUUUAUGGUUUUGUGGCUUCGUUUUUUGUCCAUGAAAAGAUCAACAACUUCGAAAAGGGUAGUGAGCAAUGGGGUUAUUAAGGGGGAGAUAGAUUGGGAACUGAGACCUGGAGGGAUGCUGGUUCAGAAGAGAAAUGCUGGGGAUGCAGCUUCUGGCCCCAUGAUCAAGAUCAAGGUCUCUUAUGGUUCUUAUCACCACGAUAUCACUAUCUUAUCUCAAGCCACUUUUGGUGAUUUGAAAAGGGUUCUUGCAAAUGAGACUGGUUUGGAGCCUAAGGAGCAGAGACUGUUGUUUAGGGGGAAGGAGAAGGAUGAUGAGGAAUGUUUGGAUAUGGUAGGAGUAAAAGACAUGUCAAAGGUGGUUCUAUUAGAGGACCCCGCUAGCAAAGAGAGGAAGCUGCAGGAGAUGAUGAGGAAUCAAAACAUACAAAAUGCCUAUGAAGCAGUUGCCAAGGUUAGGGCAGAGGUUGAUAAACUCUCCGAAAAGGUUGUUGCAUUGGAGACAAUGGUUCAUGGAGGCACCAAAAAAAUGGACGAGAAGGAAUUAGCUGUCUUGACUGAGCUGCUCAUGAUGCAAUUGCUUAAAUUGGACACAAUUGAGGCUGAUGGAGAAGCGAAAGUCCAAAGGCGGAUUGAGGUUCGCCGCGUACAAGGUUUAGUGGACACCCUUGACAACUUAAAGGCAAAACACUCGAAUCCCUUCAGUAGUGGUAGUAAUGCAGUGUCUGUCACUACCAAGUGGGAGACAUUCGAGUCUGGGGUAGGAAGCCUGACUCCAUUACAAUCCUCAGCAAGAAUAACUCAGGAUUGGGAAGUAUUCGACUAGGCAACAAGUAACGACUGCUGUAAACAGUCUAAAUGAACCAUUUUGCGCUAUUAGACUCACAAAAAUCCUAGUACAGCUUAAGAUUUGCUGGUUUGUGAGCUUUUCUUUGAUGUUGUAAACAUGUUGCCUGUGUAGCAAUUUAUGAUUGAGAUAUGCAUUGUAAUUUACAUCUUGUGUUCUUCUAUUAUUAUUAUUAUUAUUAUUAAUUUUAAUGUGGCCACGUAAUGGAGCUAUAUUCAUGUUGAAAAUGAAUACAGGUAUGAAAA